AUGGUUACCGGGCCUCGCGGAGGGGAGGGGGGAGCAGCGGGUAAAGCAGAGCGGGAGAAGGAAACGAGAAGCUACGUGACGAGCGUCUCAUAUCUCCCGCUGGGCGUGACCCAGGAAAAGUCUGGAACUUCGUUUCGAUUGGAGGAUAAGGUGCCGCCUCUUUGUUUCCCUAUUGGUUGUUGCGCGCUGACGUGCAGCUCGAAGUUCAGCGAAGCUAUUGGUAAUUCAGUGUUGGGCUUUGCAUAUCCGAAAGGCGCUGCAAAUUUUGCAUUGAAGACUUUGGUCUUUCAACAAAUGUUUCAAAAGUGGAGGUUUUCAUUCCAGCAGACGGUAUCCAUUGGAUAUGAAAUUGAUUUUAUGUAUUCCAGUCAUUUUAAUGGUUGUUUUUUUAAAAAAAGUACCCCAGAUACGCUUGUUUUCCUUUUCUAAAUAUGUAUGCAAGUGUUUUAUGUGUGUUUUUAUUAUCUUGUGAAAUGCUUUGUAGGACACAGUUCAGAAAUGAAAUCAUUCCUCCUCUUUGGAUCUUCUUUUGGUGGAUUUCUUGUAGGUAGUGUUCCACAAUCUCAGGGCUCUGUAGCAGCAAAAAACAAACAAACAAAACACACACACUCCAAAACCCAUUAUAUAGCACUCAGAAUUAAUAGUUGCUUCUAGAUCUCAGCAUGUGCAAAGGUGCAUACUGGGAAAAUAUGCCCCCUUAAGGUUUCCCAAGCCCAGAAUGUAAACAAUUUUAGGCAAAGUACCUUGAACUUCUUCAGGAAACAAAUCUGGAGCAUUUUUAUUUUUUUUACCCCACUCAUCAACCAAAAAGGCUCCCAGGGUGACUUGCAUACAAUCAACACAAGACAAUUCCUCCCCUUAGGCUUACAAUUAAAAAAACAAAAACACGACACACAAGGGAAGGGGCACAGGGAGGGAAGAGGAAAAUCAAAACUCAGGCACAGUUGCUUUUAUAUUGACCAGCUGCCACAGUUCAGCAGCAGGAGUUGCUUGAUGCAGUGGCUUCCCCCAGAUGUCAGCUGUGGGCAACUCAGUGGUAUAACCAUGUACACAUGGCUUCUACUGCUGUGUGUAUUGUAAACCUUGUGUAUGUACAGAUAGCACAUUCCUUUAUCCUCUCAAGUUGCACAGUUUGCAAUUGCAGUGUAGAAAAUCCGAGCGAGGCUCGUGAACCGAAUAUCAGUGGUUUGUAAAGGCAAAGGCAUUAAUCUGAGCAAAUUAGAUCCAUGAAUUAUCUCAGGAGGUUUUAAUGCAUUUUUUUUAUUGCAUUUUAAACAGGGAGCUUACUUAUUCUUCCUUUGUGUCUGCACUGCUAGCAUUUUACUGUAUUUCCAGUAGCCUGCAGGCUGCAAGUGAUAGAAAUUCAUUGAAAAAGGAAAAUUCCCCUAAACAGUUGACAACCUUUUAUAAUAAUAAUAAUAAUAAUUUAUUAUUUAUACCCCGCCCAUCUGGCUGGGCCUCCCCAGCCACUCUGGGCGGCUUCUAUAGAAACCAAAAAUACACUAAAAUAUCACACGUUAAAAACUUCCCUGAACAGGGCUGCCUUAAGAUGUCUUCUGAAUGUCAGGUAGUUGUUUAUCGCUUUGACAUCUGCUGGAAGGGCGUUCCACAGGGCGGGCGCCACUACCGAGAAGGCCCUCUGCCUGGUUCCCUGUAGCUUUGCUUCUCUCAAUGAGGGAACCGCCAGAAGGCCCUCGGCGCUGGACCUCAGCGUCCGGGCAGAAUGAUGGGGGUGGAGACGCUCCUUCAGGUAUACUGGACCAAGGCUGUUUAGGGCUUUAAAGGUCAGCACCAACACUUUGAAUUGUGCUCGGAAAUGUACUGGGAGCCAAUGUAGGUCUUUUAAACUGGCUCUUCUCCCCGGGCGCACACCAAAGAAAUUGUGGAGUUUUUUCCUGACCUGCAAAUGCAGCAAUGAGAAAACUUUCACCAGUUUGAUUUCUGUUUGCUGCAUUGUUAUUUUUAUUUCUCUUCCUGCCCCCAUGAAUGCACUAAUAACAGGUGUCUGGCUGCAACUCGACAAAUGAACAUACUUUUGUCUCUGCUGUUAAAAGGCAAGAAACGGGAUCCAGUAUGUUCUCUGUAGUGUCACCCCUCUUGGCUGCUAGUUUCGUAUACUGAGAGGGCAGCCCCCUUGGACUUCAGAAGGCAAAUGGUGUUGGUUUACGCCGGCAGAGAAGGUCAGGGAGAGGUGAAACAAGGCCACUUGGCUUUACUGGGCAUUUCCUGGUCCAGGCGUCAUCAUUCGGCCAUUUAGGAAAGAUUACCAGCCUGAGCUCCAACCUACGUGUGACAUUAUUCAAGCAUGCUUCAUCUGACAUCUGCUGUUAUUUUGGAAAAACAACAACACGCUUGCAAGGCCCUGCUCAAAAAUGUGUGCUCCCAGUUCUGCUGCUUUAUUUAUUUAUAAUUACAGUUAUGGGGUGCUAGAGGAGGGGGAGGGCUAGGGGGAGACGUCAUGCUUCUUCUGGGGUAGUUUGGCCACUUUUGGUCUCUACCCAAAAGCCAGUAUGGUGUAGUGGUUAAGAGCGGUAGUCUCGUAAUCUGGUGAACCGGGUUCGCGUCUCCGCUCUUCCACAAGCAGCUGUUGGGUGACCUUGGGUGAAACUUCUCUGAAGUCUCUCAGCCCCACUCACCUCACAGAGUGUUUGUUGUGGGGGAGGAAGGGAAAGGAGAAUGUUAGCCGCUUUCAGACUCCUUAGGGUAGUGAUAAAGUGGGAUAUUAAAUCCAAACUCUUCUACCCAGCACUCAGCUCUCAGCUGUCGCUCCUAGAAGCCAUAAGCAUUAGACUUCCCCUAGAUGAGGCUCAUCAACCUGGGAAGGGAGCCCAUCUAGAAGAAGGAAAACUCUGCUCCUAAACCUCCACUGCUUUGUGGCAUAUAAAAAGCUAAGGAGUAAACUGUACACAAAUCCAGUGUGGAGUCUCUAAGGCACUUGGGUGGCACCUUCUGCUCUUCCGGCAACUCCUGGAGCCAAGCCUGGUGCCACAACAACAUUGCAAGGUUGGUUAGGCUGAGAGAUUUCAACUUGCACUCAGUGGGCUUCAUGGCUGAGUGGGAAAUUUGAACCUUGGCCUUCCAGACCUUUAAUCUGACACCUGACACACUGGCUGCAACUGCUAUUUGCUCACUCCUGGCUGCUUCCUGGUAGGCUGGUGAGGAAUGGCAGCCAGGUAAGGGGGUACAGUGGUACCUCGGGUUAAGAACUUAAUUUGUUCUGGAGGUCCGUUCUUAACCUGAAACUGUUCUUAACCUGAAGUACCACUUUAGCUAAUGGGGCCUCCCGCUGCCGCUGCGCCACUGCUGCGUGAUUUCUGUUCUCAUCCUGAAGCAAAGUUCUUAACCCGAGGUUUCAGGGUUAAUGGAGUCUGUAACCUGAAGCAUCUUUAACCCGAGGUACCACUGAAUAGUGGUACCUCUAGUUACGAACUUAAUUCGUUCCAGAGGUCCGUUCUUAACCGGAAACUGUUCUUAAUUAGAGGCGUGCUUUUGCUAAUGGGGCCUCUAGCUGCUGCUGCUGCUGCGCUGCCGGAACAUGAUUUCUGUUCUCAUCCUGGGGCAAAGUUCUCAACUCGAGGUAACUCUUCCAGGUUAGUGGAGUUUGUAACCUGAGGCAUUUGUCACUUGAAGUACCACUGUAGUUUUCAGCAGAUGACUGGUGCAGGCCCUCAGUCUGGAUCAGGAGUGCAUUCUGGAUUGGGGCCCUGUGAAUGGGUUUCUCCCACCCCUUCAAAAUAAAAACAGGCAGGUUAAGCAUGCUUGUUUAUAAAGCCCAUGAAAAAGGUUAGCUGUAGUUUUUCUCUUAAAUAUGAUCAGCCUGGAAGCAAAAUGUCAAAAUUUACUGAGGGUCCUUUCUUUUAAGUGAAACACCCCUGAGAUAAGAGGCAAAAAUAAAAAUGGUGCAGCCCUGGAAUCUGAAGCAACUGCUUCUUAAUACAACUGAGUCUAGGAAAGAUGUUGUUUUUAACCUAAGAGUGGGAAAGUACAGACUGAGAUACACGAUGGUAAUCAAAGUUCAAAUUAUGGUCCCUGAGGGUGGCUGUGUUUUUCCGCUUGAGAGUCAUGUAUCUAGUCUUAAUAGACACUGCAGUCUAAAGAAAAAUGUUAGAGCUGAAGGAGCCUGUUAUGUUCAUUUAACAGGAAAACAGGUACAGAGGGCGUUAAAUAGAAACACCAUCCAUCCCAUUUUCCACCAAGUGUCUACCACUGCCACACAAAACCUGCACUUUCCUGAAAAACAAUAAGAAGGUGGAGUACAGCACAUAGGGGAUAAGACCAACAAAAGAGCCAGAAAAAACAUUAGCUGUGAUUCUGGCAUUGUAGGGGGUUGGACUAGAUGACCCUUGGGGUCCCUUCCAACUCUACAAUUCUGUAAUCCAGUCAUUUAAAACAUAAAUAAAUGCUGUCUGGUUAUAAGAGGGAGGGCAGCAGAAAUCAUGUUGUAAAGGCCUGUCUCAACAACAAAAGUUUUCCGAAGGAAGGGAGGGAUGUUUCCUGCUGAGUAUCUACUGGCAGGGAGUUCCACAGGGCAGGGUCUGCCACUCUUAAACCUCUGUCCUGACUUGAAGGCCAGCCAAACCCCAGGGGCACGGAGAACUCAAUAAUGAAGUGCCCGGAUAAUGUUCAUCCAUUACAAUAGUCACAUAUCACUUGACUUGGCUGGCACACUGAGCAGGAGAUUUCUGAGAUUCCUGCAUUGCAGGGGGUUGGACUAGAUGACCCUCGUGGUCCUUUCCCACUCUGCAAUUUUGGCUUGGUGGCUUUGGGUCAGUCACUGUCUCUUAGCUUAACCUACGUCACAGCAUUGUUUACGAGGAUAAAACGUGGAGGUGAAAAAUCCACGUACACCGUCUUGAAGGAAAGGUGGAUAUAAAUCAAAUUAAUAAAUAUUAGCAAAGGGGUGGAGCAGAGAGGAAGGAAGAGGCCAUCUUCCCCUAAUGCUUCAUAUGCUUAGGUAUGCUAUUUUGGACAAGCACUCUGCAUAUGCUCAGAGGUGCUUUUUCACACCUGUUCAAAUUAUGUCCUGGAGAUGCAGAUUCUUCCUUCUGCAACACCCUUCAGAGUUGAGAAGCAAACAUUGCAGCCCCCUAACACACACAAAACCAACCCCAACUUUGGCCAUAAACUCUCCAGGUGGUCUUCUAUACAGAUCCUCAUUCUCUUUCUCCUGUCCCACACCUGUCCUUCUCCCUAAAAAUAACCACGCACCCCAACUGCAAAAUUAGAAACUAAACUCAUAGCUCCAACGGGAAACUUUUUAUUUAUGGAGCGCCGGGUGUCACUCCGGGUUGCCGUGUAAACGGGGCGGGGGGCGCGCGAAACCGGAUCCCCCCCUCCCUUGGCUUCUUGAAAGUUCCACUCCCGCGCCCAGACAGCUGGAGCCCGGCCCCGCCCCUUCCCGCUUUGACAGACAAGCCGAGCCGGACCCGGAUUGGACGGAUUCGAAGCCAAGUCGAGAAGCUUCUGCAAAGUGUCAGUGCCCUUAAACGGGGUGGGGAAGAGAAAAAUGCACUAGCGCGCGCAAUAAGAGGGGCGGGGAGGGCGGUUUGCAUAUAAAGCCUGGGAGUAGCAGGCGGGCGCGCGCGUGCCGACGCUCUCCAGUUGUUUGCAGCUGCGGCGCACUUUCAAUAUAGAUAGCAAUUUUUCCAAUUGUUAUUUCCAGUUGCUGUCAGAAGAAAAGGGGCUGCAUCUUGCAUAAGGUAUAUAUGGCUGUAUUGCAGCUUGUUUGUGUGCAUGCAUGGGUGGGAGCAGAAGUUUGGCGUCUCUCAACAACUGCGCACUUUUCCCGCGUUUGCAGCCAGGCGUAUGGGGCGGGCUCCCUCGGAUUCCAGUAAGGAUCGCGGCGGAUCCUCGCAGGAGGGAUCCCCAAGCGCGGGUCGUUCCUGUCGAUUGCACCGCGCGAAAGCGAAGAGGCUGCGUGCAUUCGGGCUGCUGCAGUUCCGUUGUGGAGCGGAUGGGUUCAUUUCCAGUGCAAGAGUGCCCCUGAGCAUAGUGCAGAGUGGCUUUCCUGCUCCGCGGCGUAAAACAUGGGUUCGGUUCUAGGGCUUGACCUGAGCUUCGCCGUUGGUUGCGUUUGGAAACGAGUCGCUGGAAUUUGGGGUCCAGCCAGCACCCCAAAUUGGGGAGGGGCGACGAAAGCAUCUUUCGCCACUUUUUUGUGUGCGCUAAUUUCGAAUGGGCUGCGGAAGUUAUGAUCCUGUUUGCCUUUUUCUUACGGGCUUUGCAGACGCUUUAUUUACAGGAUCCUUACCGUGUUCCAACUCAGAACUUGCUCUCAUUUGAUCGUUCUGCAAAGCUUGCUCCCUUGCAAACGCAGCUCGGGUUUUAUUUCUAGCUUGUUCCUAAACGCAAUCCUAUACCGUAUAUGCAGUUUUAAUUUAGGAGUGGCCGCUGUUGAAGGCUCGCUUCAGAUGCGUAGGACCGGCUUGUGCGACUGCAAAUCUUCUUAGGAUCGCGCAGUUACGUUUUCUGGGACUUAAUGCAGGCAGGCGUGCCUGGAAUUUAGGAUUUAUAGCUAAUUCAGUGCAAAGUAGCGCUGAGCCCGGACGCCUGGGUUCUGCUUUCGUUGGCGAGUACCAGAACGCCAUCGUUGGAUGUUGAGGCAUUCAGUUUGGAGCAACUUAAAUAGGUGGAUAUUUGCCAUCUCUAAAUAUAAGCGCCCACUAUAGCUUUACCGUGGAAAAUUACAGGCAGACAACACCCGUUACUUGCAGUUCUCUGGGCAGCUUCCAUUGAACUGGCUGGUGACUAUUUUGCAAGGUUUAACUCAUUGCUCCUUCUGGUGGUAUUGCUACUAAUAACAAUAACUAACAACCCACCAUCCCAGAAUCCAUUAGGGUGGUUUGGAAUCUUUAAAAUAAAUAAAGUAUGGAUUGAUUCAUAUCUUUUUCUGUCUAAUUGGUUCUGGCUGGUAGCAAUUCUUCAAAAGAGCACUGGACUGUUUUGUUUUUCCCCCCAAAGAGUACUGUAAUUAGGAGUUUAAAAUAGGUGUGUACUUCUGAAUCUCUAAACAUCUGCCUGUAGACAGCUGUACAUCUUAGAUUCCUUAGUAGAUCUGUACAUCUUAGAUUGCCCUGGGAGUAUAUUCCUACAAUUCACGUUAGAACUGAAGCGGAAUUUUUUUAAAAAAAAUAGCAGUUGCCAACUGAUGGGGGCAGGGAGCUGUUGCUGUGCAUUUAAAGGCAACAGGACUCAGGUGAAGUUUCCUGCAACAAGUGCAAUCCAUAUUUUGAAUACUUGCAUAUGGCAGCUUCAUUUGCAAAGGGCAAUAUCCAACUUACUGCGUAGUGCGAACCAUUCCUACUCAGCAGUAAGUCCUAUUGAUUUCUAUGGAGUUUACUCCCAGGUAAACAGGGUUUAAGGUUUGCUGCCAGGCUGCUUAAGCCCAUUGAUUUCAGUGUAUGAUUAAAGCUGGCUAUUGCUUAGAUGGUAGCUUAAUUUGGAUGAAUUCAGAGUGCAUGACAAGCGCACUUAAAACCUCUUGGAAGGGACUUGAAAGGGGCGGAGUGUUUGGUUUCCUCAGGUGCCUGUCUGACUUUGCCUUCUUUGGGGUUGCAGGGGUGGGUGGGGCAUAGAGCCUGGUAGGAUAGCUCCCCCCUCCCCACAAAAAAUAAUAAUGGAGCCAAUGGAAACUGGCUGCCCAGGAGGUGUGAACACGUGUCUUUUUUUCUGGAAGGGAGAUGGGAGUCGGUGCUCCAUCCCAUCCUCCAAUUAAAUGUGGUUAGAGUAGUUUUUCCUCUACUCUUCUGGGGAUAUUCCUAGGCUUGGCUGGGUGCCCAGAAGACUGCAUCUGCAAACAUCGGCUGUUCAUGUGUCCUAACUACUGCUUUGGAACGAUUCGCGCUUGGAAUAGAGCAAGGGAACACGUUUUUGUGCCUCAAGAGCAUAAAAGCAUAGGUUUCUGGGGUUCAAAAGAAGCGUCAAAUGGUGGGACGUAGGUGUGCGCCUCCUUCGACCUGGCCAAAAUAUUUUAUGUAAAAUAACAUAGGGCCUUGUUUCAGGAGCUUAGCAUAUACAGCGAGAGGUUGCUGUCCUGUGUGCAUGGUUUUCCAUUCAGCCCUGAUUUUUAAGAGCUGUAGGUUAGGGGAUAGAGCAUCUGCUUCUCGUGCAGAAGGCCCUGGGUUCAAUGUCUGGCGCCUCCAGGUAGGACUCCUGUCUUGCCAGUGUAGACAGAUUGGCACUCAAUGGUCAGGAGAAAGGCAGCGUCUCGCAUUCCUCUGGAGAGUGAUUUGGUUGAGAUUACCGGGUCACCUUGUAGCUGGUUGGAGAUUUGAACCUGGAUUUCCUCAGGCCUAGCUCCAUCACCCCAAACCAGGGGUUGGGGGCACCUGCGUCCCUCCACAAAUAUCAUGGGACUACAACUCCCAUCAGCUCCAAGGAAGAUGGGAGUUGUAGUCCUGCCGUAUCUGGAGGUUCCCCAUCCUUUCCCUAAACGCUGCCUGCCACCUGUGGUUCUGAGGCACAAAUCUACUGGCAUAAAAGGACACACACACAUACCCCUAAAAGAAAACCCAGAUGUCUGGAGGCAGAUGAGACUUAAAUGAGGGGAACACACUCUUAACUAUGCCCAGAGGCACUCCACGUUGUUCCCUAAGCUGGAAAUUGCUCCAGAAUAGAUUGGAGGACUCUGCUGAAGCCCUGACACUUUCCCUCUCUAGGUAUUUAGGAUCUUGAGUGAGGGGGGAGUAGAAAAGUUAGCCCUCCAGGGGUUGGUUUUGGUUUUUUUAAAAAAGCUCCAGGAAAGGAAGGGGAGUCUAGUGGGGGUGUUUUUUCCCCAGAGGGUGGUCCUGGAAGCAGAGGCUUUCUUGGGGAGCGAGAAGGAAGGAGGGUUUCUGAGCUCCUUCGCCUGUUGCGGUUUCUUGGCUUGGCUCACUGCAGCCGUCUUUCGCUCCUCCGCAGUCUCGGAGCCCUCCCUGUAGCAGAGUUCUCGAAAAAUCUUUACAGGCCAAGGAGGGAGAGCGCGCAGCAUGGCACGAGACUCUUGCAAAGUCCAGCCGCCCAGCCCCAAACGGCUGUCUCCACCCCCACACCACCCCGCCUUAACGACCUGGGGCAGAGUUGGCCACUGGUGUGUGUAGUUUUUUAUAUAUAAUCUGAUCUUGAGCAACAGCUGUGCCCUUCAGACUGCCAGCAACCCUGCCAAGCAUGCCUUGAAGCCGAGAAUAGGACCCAGUACUGUUUUGCUUAACUACUGCCCCUUCUUGGACCCCCCACACCAUGACUUCUGAACUGCAGGGCUUAAUCUGAAAGCAGAUCCUUCUUGGCUGCAGCUAAGUCCCAGUGUUUCUUACCUUGCCCUCCGGUAGGAGCUGCUAGGAGUGAUGCUGGGGGGGGGGGAGCACCUCAGAUCUCCUGCUAUGUUUUUCAUUUGCAGCUGUGAUUGCAUCUCCCUACCGCUCUUUGUAGCCACGUGCCAUCUUCGCUCUCUCUGUUUAGAAGCCAGCUUGUCUGGAAGUCGGUGCUUUUCCACCGCUGGGGCUGCACUGUGCAUUGGCAAGCUGGCUACAGAGUGCCCCUGAGCAUGUGCAGAGCACUCUGCAAGGUCUAGUCAUCUGCAUCUUGGAAGCACCCAAGCUUUUUUCCUUUAGCCCUAAAUAGAUUUAUCAGUCGGUUUAGCAUGAGACUCUUUAUCUCAGGGUCGUGGGUUCGAGCCGCAUGUUGGGCAAAAGGUUCCUGCAUUGCAGGGGUUAGACUUGAUGACCCCCGUGGUGCCUUCCAACUCUGAUUCUCUGAAAUAGAUCUGCUGCCAGCUUUCUGAUUUCCAGCUCACGUGGCUCGGGGGUUCUUCCCAUACUGCUUCCAGCAUGUGCUGUGCUAGGAGCGGUACAGGAAGAGCCAGUGCUGUAACGAACUGUAACCUCUGAGUUUUUGGUGUGGCGACUUCCCCUUAAGCUCUCAUAAGACGCUCGCCACACAGUGAAGCAAUUUCAGUUUCGUGAGCAUGGCAGUACAAAAAAGUAAUGUUGGCGAUGGUCACAUUCUUUUGGGCAUGGAAAGUUGCCCGUUACCUUGUUCUUUAUCAAUAGGGAUGCUUUUUGGUAUCUUAUCCUAAAGAUCCACCAGGAUACUCGGAAUUUCUCAGGUCUGCAUUCUGCAUAAAGCGAUCUCUCAUCAGACUCUUGCUGGGAUUGUAAGCCAGCCCAUUAACGCCGAUCUCCCUGCAUCAUCCUGGUCUCCCUACUUGGGAGCUGAAGGAUCCUAAGGCUUUUUGGGGGGGGCAGGGGGAGAGGAGGAAAUUUUGGCAUAAUGACUCCUGCAAGCAUGUCCAAGAUUUUUGCACGUGAACAGCGGUAGCCGGUUUGCAUUGUGGUCCCCUGGAAAGAUUUUGUUGGAUUAUGUCUGGGUUAAAUUUUCCCCAGAGCCUUGUCUAGUGCGUUCCCCAAAGCUUCUAGCAGGGGCCCGCAGCCAAUGCAGAUGUUUUGCACACAUGGCGGGAUCCUUGCUAUAACAGAUGCUGCUGAACUCCAAUACACUUUUCUGUAUGUUUAAGCAAUUAAUGGGCUGUUGUCACUUCUUGCAUUGAUGUCAGCGGUGUGUCGCCUUCCCCCUUGCAGCCAAAAUGUCCAAGGGUCCAGCUGUUGGAAUUGAUUUGGGGACCACCUACUCCUGUGUGGGCGUCUUCCAGCAUGGCAAGGUGGAGAUCAUCGCCAACGACCAGGGCAACCGCACCACCCCCAGCUAUGUGGCCUUCACGGACACAGAGCGCCUUAUCGGCGAUGCCGCCAAGAACCAAGUGGCCAUGAAUCCCACCAACACCGUCUUCGGUAAGAACUCGACGCCGGGCCUUGUCACACCAUUUGGAGGGGUGAUAAGCUCCAUCCGAGGGCUGAGGGACCCUUCUGCAUCCUCCCAGAGAGGUCCUUUGGGAGGAAGAGGAGGAGGAUAAUAAAUUUAUUACUUAUAUCCCACCCAUCUGGCCGGGCCUCCCCAGCCACUCUGGGCGGCUCCCCACAGAAUAUUAAAAACAUUAAACAUUAAAAACUUCCCUUAACAGGGCUGCCUUCAGAUGUCUUCUAAAAGUCAAAUAGUUGUUUAUUUCCUUGACAUCUGACGGGAGGGCGUUCCACAGGGCGGGUGCCACUACCAAGAAGGCCCUUUGCCUGGUUCCCUCUAACUUCACUUCUCGCAGUGAAGGAACUGCCAGAAGGCCCUCAGAGCUGGACCUCAGUUUCCGGGCUGAACGAUGGGGGUGGAGACGCUCCUUCAGGUAUACUGGACCAAGGUCAUUUAGGGCUUUAAAGGUCAGCACCAACACUUUGAAUUGUGCUCGGAAAUGUACUGGGAGCCAAUGUAGGUCUUUCAGGACUAAUGUUAUAUGGUCUCAGCGGCCGCUCCCAGUCACCAAUCUAGCUGCCACAUUGUGGAUUAGUUGUAGUUUCCGGGACACCUUCAAAGGUAGCCCCACGUAGAGCGCAUUGCAUUAGUCCAAGUGGGAGAUAACCAGAGCAUGCACCACUCUGGCGAGACAGUCUGCGGGCAGGUAGGGUCUCAGCCUGCGUACCAGAUGGAGCUGGUAGACAUCUGCCCUGGACACAAAUUUGACCUGUGCCUUCAUGGACAGCUGUGAGUCCAAAAUUACUCCCAGGCUGAGCAUCUGGUCCUUCUGCACAUCAGUUACCCUAUUCAGGACCAGGGAGUCCUCCACACCAGCUCACCCCCGUCCCCCAAAAACAGUACUUCUUCUUGUCAGGAUUCAACCUUAAUCUCAUGGAUGGCUUUAUUCUAGUGCUGGCUGAUUUAGAGAACAGCUGACCAGGUGUGUGAACUUGAAAGCACAAAUUCCUUAUGCAACCUCCCAGGGGCCGCUUUCCAGGGGUGGAUGGGGCCAGAGGCAACAGAGAUUGAAGCAGCUGAUGGCACAGACUUCUUGGUUUGGGGUCCCGUUCCCUCAGGAGUCACAGGCUUUUCUGAAGCAGCCCUUUGAGGGAGGAUAGAGAGGGGUGUGUAGAAAUUAGCCUCGUUUGCCUAGGUAAAAUUUACAUUUCUUGCUUUGCCCACUUUUUUCCCUGCUGGCACGGAGCGCCUGGAAGGGGAACGUGGAUUAAGUGCAUGUGAAUAAUGGAGCUCUUGACUUACUCAUCUCUUAGCUCCCUGAGGGAAGCUGUUAUUCCUUGGAAGAUCUCAUUACUGUUUCCCUGCUUCUCCUCUUCCCAGAUGCCAAGCGCCUUAUCGGCCGCCGUUUUGAUGAUCCCGUGGUCCAUUCGGACAUGAAACACUGGCCCUUCCAGGUCAUCAAUGAUGGGGGACGUCCCAAGGUGCAGGUGGAGUACAAAGGGGAGACAAAGUCCUUCUACGCCGAGGAGAUCUCGUCGAUGGUUCUCACCAAGAUGAAGGAAAUUGCAGAGGCCUACCUGGGCAAGGUGGGCAGCAUGAGGGAUGUUGGCGCCAGCUGCAGUGACGGAUUAUUGCUUAUGCCAGUGGGCUGGUUGAACCUUUGGCUUGUGGGCAAAUUUGGGCUUGCCAGGGGGUUCCAGUUCAUAGAAUCAUAGAGCUGUAGAGUUGGAAGGGAUAAUGAGAGUCCUCUAGGCCAACCCCCUGCAAUGCAGAAAUCUCGGCUAAAGCAUCCAUGACAGAUGGCCAUCCAGCCUCUGCUUAAAAACCCCCAAGGAAGGAGAGUCCACCACUUCUCGUAGGAGUCUGUUCCCCUGUCAAACAGUUCUUACUGUCAGAAAGUUCUUUCUGAUCUUCAGUCAGAAUCUCCUUUUUUGUAACUUGAAGCCAUUGGUUCCAGUCCUACCCUCCAGAGCUGGAGAAAAGAAGCUUACAGGUGUCAACAAGUUGACCCGGAUGGGCAAGGAGUAGGGUUCAAUCCUGCUGGGAAUGUGGAGGAAACCCCUGCAGCCAGCAGGACUGAAAACUCCUCUCACCAGCUUGGUCAGUGGAGGGUUCAAUCUUCUUAAUACCAGAUUAUUUUUAUAAAGCUUUUUUUAAAAAUAAAAAUAAGCUAAAUAAAAAAUAAUGAAAAAUUCAGAAAAGUAAACUCCAUAAUUAAAGUUACUAAACAUCAGAUCAGUACAGACGCUGUGUUUUCCAAAUAGAUGUAGAAUGGGUAAUAUAGAAAAACGAUAGCAAAACACAUCAUGAAAGCCAAAUUCCACAAUGUAGUGGGAGAAGAGUGUUUUGUGUAUCCGAAUUUGAAAUGUGAUAAAUCACCAAAACGGCAUAGAAAUGUUCAGAAUCUUCCUCUGGCAUCAGGUGUGUUAACCCGCCGACUGUUAAAGUUGGUCCUAGGGUGGGAGAAAUGAAAAGAUUUGGCCCGCUGUGCUAUUGGCGCCAACCACACUUUGUGGAGACUUGUAAACAAAAGGAUAGAUCUCUGCCACAAGGAGCAUACAGUCUUAAAUUCUAGCUGGAAGGGAAUGAAUUGUAAGUGGAAAGGAGUGAAAGUGAGCAGUUGCCUUUUCAAGUACAGUUGUACCUUGGAAGUCGAACGCAAUAUGUUCCGGAGGUCUGUUCAACUUCCAAAAUAUUCAGAAACCAAAGCGCGGCUUCUGAUUGGCUGCAGGAAGCUCCUGCAGCCAGUCGCAAGCCCCGUCGGAUGUUUGGCUUCCAAAAAUAGUUCGCAAACUGGAACAGUCGCUUCCGGGUUUGUGGCAUUCAGAAGCCAAAACGUUCAAGAACUAAGCUGUUCGAAAACCGAGGUACGACUGUACUUUGGUUUAGUUAUGACUGGGGAGCAAUGGUGACAGGAAUCUCUGGUCUAUAUAUUAGACCAGCAGCUGCUCUCCAGAAUUCCAGUACACUGGUUCUGGGUCUUUCUGUCAGUGCUCCGGAUUGAUUCUGGGCUUUUUACAUAGAAAAAGCUUGGAAUGUGGAGUGGGAGAGGCAAAAGACUAUGAGGCAAAUUUGAAUUCCCCCUUUAUUUUCUCUACCUUCCACAAAAUACCCACCAACAACACAAUGGGGGCAAGAUCAGUCCUAUAAUUCCCGUUCUUUCUCCCUCUUUCUGCCACAGACUAUUGCCAAUGCCGUCAUUACAGUCCCGGCCUACUUCAACGACUCCCAGCGACAAGCCACAAAGGACGCCGGCACCAUCUCGGGCCUCAACGUCCUCCGCAUCAUCAACGAGCCCACGGCAGCUGCCAUAGCGUAUGGCCUGGACAAAAAGGUCAGGAGGGGUUUCAUUGCUCCCCCCCCACCACAUGUUGCUAGGUUUGGACUAAGACCAGGACAGUGAAUUGCAGGGAAGAGGACACAACACUUACGUUUCGUGAGCAGGGUUGGGAAGCCUGUGACCCCUUGGUGUUGCUGGACUACAACUCCCACCGUUCUUGGCCCUUGGCCAUGCUGGCCAGGGCUGAUGGGAGUGGGAGUCCCAACAACAGCUUGGAGGACAGCAGGUUUCCCUCGCUUCUAGGCAAUAAGAUCCCAGAAAGUUAUUGGGUCGAAUUCAAACCUUUAAAGCACUUUCAAUUCCCAAAGAAUUCUGGGAAUUGUAGUUUAAGGGUGCUGACAGGAGACCAACCUAUACCCCUCCCAGAACUACAAUUCCCGGUGCACUUUUAAUCCCUCUUCCCAAGGAACUCGGGGGGCUCUAACUCUCUGAGAGAGUGUGGGGUCUCUGAAAAACUCUCAGCACCCUUGGCAAACUACAGGUGCCAUAAUUAUUUGGGGCGACCGUUUAACGUGGUAUCGGAGUGCUUUACAUGUUUGAUAUGAACGUGGUCCUAAGGGCUAUCAUGAAACUACAGUUCCCAGCAAUCUUCUGAGAGAAUCCUGACAGUAAUCCACGUUCAGGUCUGCCAUUGAGUCCUGUUCUUUGGUUCAUGGUUAAGUGGUGGAAUUUGUGUUUGUGUGUUUAGUUUUGGUUGAAGGUACUGGAAUUCCACCCAAAACAGGCCACGGUUCUCCUUACAUGUUGCUGGUCCAUCCUUCCUGUAGGUUGGCGGCGAGCGCAACGUCCUCAUCUUUGACCUGGGCGGCGGCACUUUCGACGUCUCCAUCCUGACCAUCGAGGACGGCAUCUUUGAGGUGAAAUCAACGGCCGGCGACACCCACCUGGGCGGCGAGGACUUCGACAACCGCAUGGUGAACCACUUUGUGUCGGAGUUCAAGCGCAAGCACAAGAAGGACAUCACGGACAACAAGCGGGCGGUCCGGAGGUUGCGCACCGCCUGCGAGCGGGCCAAGCGCACCCUCAGCUCCUCCACCCAGGCCUCCAUCGAGAUCGACUCCCUCUACGAGGGCAUAGACUUCUACACCUCCAUCACCCGGGCCCGCUUCGAGGAGCUGAACGCCGACCUCUUCCGGGGCACCCUGGAGCCCGUGGAGAAGGCCCUGCGGGACGCCAAGCUGGACAAGUCUCAGGUGCACGACAUUGUGCUGGUUGGUGGCUCCACCCGCAUCCCCAAGAUCCAGAAGCUCCUGCAGGACUUCUUCAACGGCAGGGAGCUCAAUAAGAGCAUCAACCCUGAUGAAGCGGUGGCCUAUGGCGCAGGUAAGAGAGCCUUGCCAGAGGUGGUAGGCCUCAGAAUGCCGGUUGCUAGGAAACGAGGGUUGCCACCUGUCCUGUAUAUAAUGCAAGAUUUCCCCAUACUUGGAUGUAAAAUGCUACGUCCUGUAUUGAUACGGUUCUGUCCCGUAUUUCAGGUCCUUCUCUCUCGGUGCCAAGUUAGGGAUCCUUUCCAAAUGCACGCGUUGAAAGGGUAUGUGAAAGGUUCAUGUAGCCCAGAAAGAUGGACAGAUUUGUGUGUGUGUGUGACAAAUUCCAGACGGGGCCACCCGGUUAGGCUGCAGUAGAUUUUAGUGGAUUGCUUUGAAGCCACUGCAGCACCAUGGGGGUGGGGAAUCGCCCCCAGCUGCCCUGUCCUGUAUUUUGCUGGAACAGAAGUGGCAGCCUUCUAGGAAACGCAAGUGGGGAGAAGCCCGAUGGCCAAGUUUUUUCUUCCUCUGUCGGAGACAGAAUAAUAAUUGCUGAAAACGGCGGGAGAGAGUGUGGGUGCUGCUUUGGGGCUUCCCAUCUGGCUGGCCCCUCUGAGAACAUGAUGCUGGACUAGUAGAUAAAACUUUUGCCCACUCCUGCAGGCAGCGCUGCUGCUAUCAGGGGUUGGUAUUGUUAGGUACGUUCCAAGAACCCAGGUCCCUGCAGGGGACCCAGAGGCUCUCCUCUUCCGUAACUGCUGCAGCUUUUCUGAGGCAGCUGGUUUCCAUCAUCUAACCAUCUUAAGUUGCCUCCUGAAAAAUGAGAAGAGAGUCCUCUGCCAGUUAUUGGGGCCUGAGCAGAUGCCUGGCUUUACCCGCUAACCCUGAUGGAUGUAUCAGUUGUUGGUAUUCAGUGGCAUGCUUGCCUCUCCCAGCUGCUGGGAACCUCAGAUAGGGAGAGGUCUGGUGUCCUCAGCUUCCUGCUUGGGGUUUUCCCACAGGGCUUUUUUCAGCUGGAACUCUCAGGAACUCAGUUCCUGCACCUCUCAAGUGAGCACCACUGUCAUUCUAAGACAGUGAGGGAGGGGUGCAGGGUGAGUUCUGGCACCACUUUUUCUAGAAAAACAAACAGCACUGGGUUUCCCAUAAGCCUCUGGUUAGACACUAUGAGAACAAGAUUCUAGACUAGAUGGGCCACUGGGCUGAUGCAGCAGCCAAGCUCUUCUUAAUGUUCACGCUGGAGUUGGAACUGUCGUAAGGGUGAAGCUGUCGAUCGGGAUUUGUUACUCAACCGCGCUGCAUACCAAAGAAAGGGCAGUGAAGUAUUGAGCAAAGGGUGGGGAACCUUUUUCAAUCGAAGAGCUGCAUGCCAGUCAAGGGUGAGGCCAGAGGCUUGAGUGGGUGGAGCAACACGUUUAACUCCUUUAUUGUUUACAGUCAUACCUCAGGUUGCGUCUGCUUCAUGCUGUGUCUUUUUGCAUUAUGUCCCAUGGCAACCCGGAAAUACCGGAAUGGGUUACUUCCUGGUUCCGCCGCUCGUGCAUGUGCAGAAUCGCGCUAUGUGCAGAAGCGCCAAAACGCACCUGCGCAGACGCAGCGCUUUGAGUUGUGGGCAUUUCACAUUACAGAUGGGCCUCCGGAAUGGAUCCCGUCCGUAACAUGAGGUACCACUCUAUUAAAUCUGUAUACCUCCCCUCAUCCAAAGAUCCUGAGGUGAUUCACAAAAUAAAAUUGCAAAAUACAUAACAAAAACAAGACGGAUAACCCUCUUUCCACAAACACGUUUAAAAGGAUAUAUAAUGUUAACCAGUUCAAGGCCUGGCUGAAGAGAAACGUUUUCACUCGUCACCUAAAUAUAUGUAGUGAAGGUGCCUGGCAGGCCUCCCUGGGGAGAGCAUUCCAUAAAUGGGGAGCCACCACAGAAAAGGCCCUUGUGUUGCUGUCCUCCAGACCUCUCACAGGGUCUGGGUUGGUUCAUAUGGUCCUGAGCCAUGACUCUACCUGUGAUCAGUGGGUGAUACUCCAGCCAAGUGGAAGCCAGAGGUUUCUUCGCACUCCCGCCAGGAAAGCAAGAAGCGUCAGCAGGGUCCAAGGAUACAUUUCUAGCCAGGCAGAAAUGGGGCCAGCAAAGGCUGUGGCCUGGGCACUGUCCCAAGGACCAGGUAGAGAUUCCUGGAGGGCCACGUUUCACGCCUGGCUUCUAGGGACACAGUAUUCAACGUAAUUCUACAAAGCAUUAAAAGUCUAGUGUUGAUAGUACCGUUUGGGAAUGCUGAUAGAAUCGCGUUGGCUUCCACCUGCCCCAUCAGGACAGAAGCAGGUUGUAAUUCUUCUGAUCUUCCAGGAGGUGUCCUCAUAUCUUUUUACCACACCCAGCACUACAAUGCCCCUUUAAGCAGCUAUGGCCUCCCCCAAAGCGCCCUGGGGGUUAUAGUUGGUUAAGGGUGUCGUGGAAUUCUACUCAGUAUUGAUCCAGAGUAGAAUCCCAAAUUACAAUUAGCAGAGUAAAAACUUAAACGUUGCAGGAUUCCCAAAAAAUAGACCAGAGGCAAUUAAUAUUUCAUCCAGCAGAGCUUUACUGCUACUGAGGGCAAAUGAGCAUAAUGGUCACAAAUCCAAUACAGUGGUACCUCGGGUUAAGUACUUAAUUCGUUCCGGAGGUCCGUACUUAACCUGGAACUGUUCUUAACCUGAAGCACCACUUUAGCUAAUGGGGCCUCCUGCUGCCGCUGCACCGCCAGAGCACGAUUUCUGUUCUCAUCCUGAAGCAAAGUUCUUAACCUGAAGCACUGUUUCUGGGUUAGCGGAGUCUGUAACCUGAAGCGUAUGUAACCUGAAGCGUAUGUAACCCGAGGUACCACUGUACAUUCAGUCCAUAAGAAAUCCAGUUGCCGCAGACUUAACUUUAACUUACAAUAACUUAUAAUAAGACUAAAACCUUAACACUAAGCAUACUGGGUGCAGAACACCACGCCAGAAGGAAUGAAAGACAGAAGGUGAAACCCGGGCUCCUCCUGGCCUAUUUUUAUAGUCCGCAUCACCUUGACAGAAGAGAUAAGAGAACCAAUCUUAAGCCAGUUGUACUCAGCAUCUUUGAAGGAACAACCCAAACAUCACGAACCUUUUGCUUGUUUCUUUCACACAGAGAAAGCUUCCAGAACGCUCUUGAAUUAAUUAGAAUAGGAAGGAUCUCUACACAUCAGAUUGAUGCUUUUUGCACUAAGAAAUGCCAACUGACAAAGGGUGCUAGGAGUUUUUGGGAGAUUGCUGCUUCCCUCACAGAGCUACAGUUCUCCAGAGUGGUUUUACAAAAUUUCUCUAAGGUUGGAGGAAACUCCAGAGGGCUUUGGAACAGCCAGUGGUCACAACUGGAGAGAAACUAGUUGUCUUCUUAAGAGCAUAAGACGAGCCUGCUAAACCAGGCCUAAAUUCCUGUCUGUUGGCUUGACUGCUCCAUCACCACCUGCGUUGCUCUUCUCCCCCACAGCUGUCCAGGCUGCCAUCCUCUGCGGGGACAAGUCCGAAAACGUGCAGGACCUGCUGCUGCUGGACGUCACGCCUCUGUCCCUGGGAAUCGAGACGGCCGGCGGGGUGAUGACCGCCCUCAUCAAGCGCAACACAACCAUCCCCACCAAGCAGACCCAGACUUUCACCACAUACUCGGACAACCAGCCUGGGGUGCUUAUUCAGGUAAGGGGAAGUGACUGUGAUCAUGGCAAGGGAGCAUUAUGGGAUGCUGGCUGAGCGCUGCAUUUAGCAGGCCGAGCAUUGCCAGAACAGUGGCGCAGACUCAGUUGACCGAAGCUAAGGGUGGUUUUGUGUAGUUGCCGGAAGGAUGCACACCCCGAGUUUCUUGCAUGGUGUGGUUGCGUUGGGAGAACCAAGCUUUGCUUUCUUUUUUUUUUCUUUUUUUAAAAUAAUAUUUAUUCCAAGUUUAAAGUUGCAAAAAAGAAAAAAGAACAAUACAAAGAGAAAUUUAACCAUAACAAAGCGAAAAAUAACAAGAAAAAAAAUGAACAAUAAAAUAGAGUAAAAAAGAAGACGAAACAAAAAAUAUAAAAAUGCAUUGAGUUAAAAUAGAACAAAAACAGAUUAAACCUUUACAUAACCUUUUCCCUUUACUUAUUUCCAUGACCUCCUCUCACCUCCCAAUUUUGUAUUCUAGUUCAGAUCGUAUUUCCAGCAAAUCCUUCUAACCUUAUUUUCAUUUGCGUAUUUUAAUUUAAAAAAAUGUAGUUGAAAAUCCUCUGUUUCAUCAAUUUCAUCAACUCAUUUUUGCUUAAUCCUUUAUAUCAUAUCUACCAAAACGACCUAAUUUUCUUUUUUCCACAUCUUCCUAACAGUCUUUUAUAUUACAAUAUUUUUGAAGAUAUAUUUUGAAUUUUUUCCAAUCUUCUUCCAUCGACCCUUCUCCCUGGUCUCGAAUUCUGCCAGUCAUCUCAGCCAGUUCCAUGUAGUCCAUCACUUUCAUCUGCCAUUCUUCUCGGGUGGGUAAUUCUUGUGUCUUCCAGAACCAAGCUUUGCUUUCUAACCUCCUGGUGUUCUCCUUCCUUCCUUCCUUCUCACACCCCCCCUUCGCAAAUAGGUAUAUGAGGGAGAGCGUGCUAUGACCAAAGACAAUAAUUUGCUGGGCAAGUUUGAGCUGACGGGCAUCCCCCCUGCUCCUCGCGGCGUCCCCCAGAUCGAAGUGACCUUUGACAUUGAUGCCAAUGGCAUCCUCAACGUCUCUGCUGUGGACAAGAGCACCGGCAAGGAGAAUAAGAUCACCAUCACCAAUGAUAAGGGUGAGUAUGCUGGCUGAAGGGGGGCGGGCACAGCAGCUAUAGGCUCUUGCCCGUCACAACACAUCCUUGUGGUUGCUAACCUGGGCACCCAGUCAACACCAGCACAUAUGCCCCAAACAGGCCAAUGUGCCAACUCUGCUUGGAUUCCAUUGAAGGUUUGAAUUUUUUUGUUCAGUAGUAGCCCAGUGGAAUAGGGAGUGAAGCUCUGCAAAUGAAUAAACAAAGCGAUAUUAUUAUUAUUAUUAUUAUUAAUUAAAUUUCUUUGUCCGAGGGUCACAGCACGGCUUAUCAUAUCAAAGCACAAAAAUGCGUAGUGUAGUAACACACACACACACACACACACACACACACACAAUUUAGAAGGCCAUAGAGGGUUUCAUUAGCCAAAGGGCUGGGAGAAGAGGGAAUGUUUUUGCCUGGCGCCUAAAUACAUGUGGGAAUUAGGAAGCAUGGGGGAAGACAGAAUGAAGUGCUGCCUGAAUGCAGCCAGAUUUGUUUCAGUUCUAGUCUGGAGGGUUAAAUGUGCUCAUCCACACGUCUCUUUCCCACAAGAUUUCUAGUCACGGGUCUGAGAGGUUCUUUUUCUGUCUUUCUUUUUUUUUGUCCUGCCACUUUCCCUGGGAACCCCCCUGUUUACUGCUGAUUUGGAACAAAUGUCCACCGGGUUUUCUGCAGAUUAAAGGAAAAAGAACCAACUCAGACCCAGGACUAGAAAUCAAGGGGGAAUUUAUAAAAGAAUGGAAAUGGCUUAUUGAGUAUUUACAGAUAAAUUGCAAACAGGUAGAAACAUUGACAGGAUUAUUGUAACAACCUGCAGUUUCAUAAGAGUAUAUAUUUAAAGGUGAUAAUUAAAGGAGCAAAUUAAAUGAGUUUGGAUAUGCAGAUGUUAAAAAAUAAAUUUAAGGAACUGCAGAAAGAGGGGGAAGAAAGUCAAACAUUGAAAUGUUAAAUUAAUUGUAAAACUAAUGAAAUGUAUAAACUUGAAAAGUAUAAAUAAAAACUUUUAAAAAAGAAAUCAUGGGAGAAACAGAGGUGUGGAUGACCCCUAAGUUUUAUUCCCUCUUCCACUGGGGGAAAUCAAUCCUUGAUUGGGAUCCAGUGAAUGUUAGUAUACUGGCUGGAUUUUGGCCUGCAGUAUACUGAUGUGUCUCUUGUCAUCCCGUCAGCCUCAGUAUAUUUGGAGCAGGCAUGGAGACACCUGUGGCCAGAUUGCUCUGUCCCAGCUCCUACCAUCCUUGAGCAUUGGCCAUCCAGAUAACCUGCAGACAGCCCCCCCCCCCCCCGGCUUAGCAGUUUGCCCUGACCUGUGUGGCUUCUCUCUCAUGCCGCAGGCCGCCUGAGCAAGGAGGAGAUUGAGCGCAUGGUCCAAGAGGCAGAGCAGUACAAGGCUGAGGACGAGAUCCAGAGGGAGAAGAUCACGGCCAAGAACUCCCUGGAGUCCCUGGCCUUCAACAUGAAGAGCACGGCAGAAGACGAGAAGCUCAAGGACAAGCUGUCCCCGGAGGACAAGCAGAAGAUCCUGGACAAAUGCAACGAGGUCAUUUCCUGGCUGGACAGGAACCAGGUGAGCUUACAAAGGGAAGCAGGUGUGAGCAGCGGCGGUCCUUGUCUCGAAAUUUACUUCCUGUUUGGAAAAGAAGCCACAGUGAGGCAGGAGGGGGAAAUUAAGAUAAACAGGACUGCAUGAGGCACAUACAGUAAGCAAUCGAGGAGGUUCGGAUCUUAUUUCUACUACGUAUUUUGCGGUUUUUAUAUCGCAGUUUUACACUGAACCGCACUGAGAUCUGUGGGUGAAGGGCGGUAUACAGAUUUAAUAAAUAAUAAUCAAAAUGAAGGGACGCGGGUGGCACUGUGGGUUAAACCACAGAGCCUAGGGCUUGCCGAUCAUAAGGUCAGCGGGGUGAGCUCCCGUUGCUUGGUCCCUGCUCCUGCCAACCUAGCAGUUCCAAAGCACAUCAAAGUGCAAGUAGAUAAAUAGGUACCGCUCCGGCGGGAAUGUAAACAUCAUUUCCGUGCGCUGCUCUGGUUCUCCAGAAGCAGCUUAGUCAUGCUGGCCACAUGACCCGGAAGCUGUAUGCCGGCUUCCUCGGCCAAUAAAGCGAGAUGAGCGCCGCAACCCCGGAGUUGUCCACGACUGGACCUAAUGGUCAGGGGUCCCUUUACCUUUAAUCAAAAUGAUAAUGUGAGGUUCAGGAACCUGCAGCACUUUGUAUGUCGUGGGCUCUUCUCCCUUGGAGGUUUUUUUUUAGCAGAGGUUGGAUGUUUAUCUGUCGUGAAUGCUGUAGUUGAGAGAUUCCUGCAUUGCAGGGAGUUGGGCUAAAUGAACUUUGGGGUCCCUUCUAACUCUGUGACACUAUGCUUCUAUGACUCCAGCUCCCUUGCCAGAUGGGUAACAGUAAGAGGUAAUGGGAGCAACUUCUGCAGGGCCACAGUGCUCCCCCAUGCCUGCAAUAAAGCAAUGUGUGAUGGCAGAAAAGGAGGUUUUUUUUACUGGAUUUCAGAUCUCCAGUGAUAAACAACCUUAGUUGCCUUGGUAUAGCACAGCAAACUACAGGCGAGCGAGGCUUUGUUUACUGCUGUAGAUGCAAGAUGGCUUCUCUGCAGGUUUUCCUGGGAAUUGUAACUUAGGGCUUAUGUUUUCUCUUGUUCCACGGCUCCCCCACAGGGGAAAAGCGCUGCUGAGUGCUCAAUCAGAGCAAAUGCAAUUCGGGUUUCCCUCGGAUUCCUGUUGGUUCUGAUCUGUCACUGAUCUUUCCUUGGAACAGGAGCAGAGCCAGUGGAAGAAUUGCUCAGACCCAUGCUUUCUAGGCACAGCACAAGUGGAAGUGUGACUGACAUGUCGGUUCCACUUCUGUUGGAACCUUAUUGCGGCAUUUUGAGUUCGCCUUUGAAUCGCGGGUUGUUGUUGUUCAGCUGUGUUCCACUAGAGGGCAGCCAAAGCAUCCGAGUGAUGGAGCAUGAGUUUGGCGUAAUAGAGAUCUUCCCCUUUGCAGAUUGGUUGAAAAGCCAAAUCUAACUUUCCUGAAACAUGGUUUCCUGGGGAGAGUGCUAGCUGCUAAGGAAGGGCAGAGAAAUCAGUGUCUCUUCCUGCAGGAGCAAAACGCCAAAGCAUACACCCUUUUGAUCUUUCACAGAGGUGGGAACUGGCUGAGGAUUUUGUGUGUGUGUGUGUGUGUGUGUGUGUGUAUAUACACACAAUUUUUGUUAAAUUUUCUAAAUUACAUUUCAAAAUAUUCAUUUAAACAACCUUAAAUCAAUGACUUCCCUUCUUCUCUUUCGGUGGUUCAUUUUGCAUGCCAUACAGCCCUGCAUAUUUUACAUGAACUAAACCAUUCAAUAAUCCAUUGAAUAAUAAGGCUGGCAUGCAUGCCUUUGGGUAUGGGAAGGCAAAAAUCCAUAAAGGCUUUAUGAACCAUAUUCUAAGGAAGCAUUUGCAUAGUGUUUGGGAGAAAUAUAAAAAUUUGCUGGAAGGGAAAACACCUCUGUGGCUCUCUCCCAUUGAGGCUAUUGCAAUAAAGAGUUAAUAUGGAUAGACAAUGGGCAACUUACAGGGAAUUGCUACACUUUACAGAAGGGGGGUGGGUGCUUAAUUGAAAUCAGAAGAAAACGUAAGGAGCCAUGUUACAGACUGGUUACAAUAUCAUCAAUUAUAUGAAACGUUUAAAACAGACAGGAAAAAUGCUUUCCCCCGGACCAAAGCUCACGAUUUGAAAAAGGACUUUUACAAAAUAAAGAAAAACUUACUAUCUAAAAUGUACAAUCUGUUGUUAGAAUGGGAAACGAAAGACGAGCUUGUUAAAGUUCAGAAUAUCCUUAACGGUGUCGUACCUCUUCUUUCCUUGUCUCACUCAGAUGGCGGAAAAGGAUGAAUAUGAGCACCAGCAGAAGGAGCUGCAGAACGUCUGCAACCCCAUCAUUACCAAGCUGUACCAAGGGGCAGGGGGCAUGCCCGGGGGGAUGCCGGGUGGGAUGCCCGGGGGCUUCCCAGGAGCCGGAGGAGCUGGCGGUGGCUCUUCAGGCCCCACCAUCGAAGAGGUGGAUUAA